ACCGCCACCACCCCCACCCCACCCAGCACCAAGACUAAAGUCGGGAGCGCUCGCUGCGCAGUUUCGAGGAUAUGUUGGCCACGCGGGAUGAAAUAAAACUCCCGCGUGUUUGAAAAAAAAAAGAAAGAAGGUGGGGAAGAGUGCUGGACGGAGAUCAAGGACUCGACGCUUGCACAGGGGAGACACUUAGAGCACUCCCAAGGCUAUGGAAACGGAGGGCCCCGACCACCAUCCUGCUAGUAACGGCCAGUGUUCUCCCAGGAAGGAGAACUCAAGAAUGCUGGUGGACCUGUCGACUAGCGCACCCAAUGGACAGACAACACCUCAGGCUCUUAAAUCCCUCAGUGAACCGACAAUCAAAGAGGAGGAGGAAGCAGGAGAGGAGGCUGAAAGGAGAGAAAAAGCUGCAGAGGAAAUGGGCCGAAGCUGGGAGGAAGGAUCGGGAUUAGAAGAAACCAUGAUCGAAAACUCAAACAACCCACAAGAUGGGACAUCUGGGCCAGAUGGGACAGCAGAUGAAGGGGCUCGAUUACCUAAUGGUGACAGGCCGUUCCAGUGCAGCCAGUGCGGCGUCUCGUUCACACAGAAGGGAAACCUGCUGCGACACAUCAAGCUGCACACGGGCGAGAAGCCGUUCAAGUGUCCCUUCUGCAGCUACGCCUGCCGCCGGCGGGACGCCCUCACCGGUCAUCUGCGCACACAUGCAGUUGGCAAACCACACAAAUGUAGCUUCUGCGGACGGAGCUACAAGCAGCGCACAUCGCUAGAGGAGCAUAAAGAGCGCUGCCACAGUUAUCUGCAGAGUCUUGGCAUGAACCCGUCCGCUAACACUGGCCUCUACCCAGGUGAGGUCAGUAAUGAGCCGAGGACCAUGACGGAACCCAAAACCAUGGCCGCCCUUGAUCGGCCGCCCGUCAUUGAGCGGUUACACAGCAACCUGGGCAAGAGGAAAAGCACCACCCCCCAGAAGUUUGUGGGUGAGAAGAUGAUCCACUACAGCUACCCUGAGCUGGGUUAUGAAAUGAGUCUGAAGUAUGACAAGGAGGCUGAGCUAAUGCAAGUCCACAUGAUGGACCAAGCCAUGACCAACGCCAUCAGCUACCCGGGAUCCGACUCUCUCCGGCCCAUGGUCCACCACCCGGGUCCCCCGCUUUCCAUGGCUGAGGUGGUGGCAACCGUCAACCCUCUCUUCCACCCUGUUGUCCCCCUGGUCCACCGCAUGGAGCAGCUGGGAAGCCGCGACGCCGCGGCACCACAGCCGCCGCUUGCCCAGCCCACUCCAGAUUUCCCCGGCUGCCUCACUUCCAAUGGCCCCACGGUCUCAAUCAACCACGGCAAGCAGCAGCAGCCCGCUGCUGGUCAAGAGGAGUCUCCCAGUAACAGCCGACCGGACUCGGUUGACUCGGCGCGCAGCAGCCCACCACAGAAAUUGGGUUACCGCUGCAAUAGCGGCCUUUCCCGCCCCAGGUCGAGGGCAAGUCCAGUACUGACCUACAUAAAUGAGCGGGCAGCGGCGCCGCCCGGCAGUGGGGCAAGGAUGACAGCUGAGAUGAUUCGGGGAGCUGUGGAAAGACCUGCAAGCAAGGAUCGGGUGCGUGUGUUCGGGCGGGACGGCAGGGAGAUGCAGGCCUUCCAGUGUGAGCACUGCCAGGUGCUCUUCCUGGACCACGUCAUGUACACCAUCCACAUGGGCUGCCACGGUUACCGAGAUCCGCUGGAGUGCAACAUCUGCGGCCACCGUUGCAAAGACCGCUAUGAGUUUUCCUCUCACAUAGUUCGCGGCGAGCACAUCUUCCAGUAAGAGGAGGGAGGGGAGAAAGGUAGAAAGGAGCCAUACUUUUAAAAUCCGUCCCGAUCCCUUGAC